GUAUCUGUUCUUCACCACUCCCGAACGACGUUCGAGCUCAACUGACACCCCUGCACCGAGGAGGAUUCGAAAAAAGGUAUAACCCGUUUGUCUCGUCCCGGUGCAGGGCUCUGUCCCUCCACCAUCACUCCGCCGUUUGGGAGAAGCCAGCCGAGAAGCGGUCCGACCGGACCGUGACAGCCCCUGACUGCGACCAACACCACCACCGCCACCACCACCACCACCAUGCCGCAUUUCACCGCCCUCAACUUUAACGACGGACCAACAAGACACCCCACUGGAACCCUCACCGUCACGCUCACGGGCCGAUACUCUGGCAGCGUCCCCCCCGACACCAUCAUCCAGAGAAUUCAAAGCAUUCACCCUACAGCGCAGAUCAAAAAAAUAUACAGACUACAAACAUACUACACAUACUACAUCGAACCUCAAACAGACACCGACCUCAGCCCCCUACACCUGAAAACCUUCAGAGAAGUGGCGGAGGGGACUGACGCCCUCUGCCAGAUGACGGCCCGUGAGCGUCGCAAGAUCCACCUGCAGUGGGUCCCAGUGACCCUCACUGAAAACCACAUUAAACAAAUCGCCCAGACCUUUACAAGACCGGACACCCCUAUUGACUUCCUCCCCAGGAGGUAUGGCACCGACGACCGCCAUAUCCUCCUGGCGGAGGCGGACGAACAGGACAUCCCCCACUAUGUCAGAGUCUCGGGCUGCGGGCCGGACACUCUCUCCAUAUUAGUCACCAUCCCCGGGCGCCGGAUAGCGUGUAUCCACUGCGCCCGGGACGACCACUACUCCUCAAAGUGUCCGGCCGGCAAGCCCGAGCAGACCAACGACGCCCCAACAACGACGACGACGAUAACAUACGCCGACCGCCUGAAAAACAACCCACGACAGCCCCACCAACCAACGACGAGACGUCCGCCGACUGACACCGCCACUGCCACCACCGCCGCCACCACCCCGGCCGUCGACACUCCAGCGCCCGCCCUCAACCCGACCGCCCCCACCACUCAGGCCGUCACCUCCUCCACCGCCGCACCCAGAUCACCCGCCAAGACCCCAACGAAGACACAGACCCCAACGAAGACCCAGACCCCAACCAAGACUCCGACCAAGACCCCGACAAAAACCCUAAAACCACCACCACCACAAAUACCCCUUGCCCCCCUCGAGGGCACGUUGACACCCCUCCCCAUAAAAAACUGGGCCGACGAGACGGACAAAACACAAACGAUAGAAAGCGACAGCGACAGUGAAGAAAGACCAUUGACAAUAGAGUUAGAAACAGACACAGAACAAGAAAAACAGGACAGACAGACGAAAAAAAAAUCAAAUCUACCUUUAAAAAGACAAAACUCCACCGACACAGCGACACAAAAUCUUAUUGACGCCAGAACAGAGAAGAAAAAAAAGAACAGAAAAAAAUACAUCCAGACGGACAAACCCCUCCCCCAGACGACACUAACGAUGACAUCUCUUUUUCAUUUACUAAUAUUAUUUCCUCUCCUUUUUAUUCUUAUAGAACGCAGGAUGGCAGGCUUGCGAGUGGUAACCCUGAAUGCAAGAGGGAUACGUGGUAAGUUGCCCCACCUUAAAACACUCAUACACACUAAGAAAAGAACAGAAAAAAAUGCGACUAGACGGACAAACCCCUCCCCCAGACGACAAUAA